AUGAGUGGAUGGUCGGAAAAAAGUGACAUAUUUGCAUUUGGCGUAUUAUUUAUGAUGUUGAUUACCAAAAGAGUCCACAAGGAGAAAGGCAGAUCGAAUGUGGAUGAACCUUUUCUUCACCAGUGGGCCCAGAGCCAACACACAGAAAAAAAGUCCAUCAUGGGUAGCUGCUCACUUGUGCAUCACAGCUUGGAGGCUGAUCCAGAUUUUGUUUCGAGUGACGGACCUCGGAUUACACAGAUAGCAAUGCAAUGUGUGGAAUAUGAUCCAUCAAGGCGACCAACAAUGAAGCAAGUUGUGAGUUAUCUGCUUAACUUGGCUGUUGUCCAGGAUCAUGCUCGAGAUCUUGGUUUGGCAUGA